AUGCCAAAAGAAUGUCGACUUCUUCACAAGAGACCACAAACUAAUGUCGGAAUGCAUUCACCGGUGCUAACUUGCUGUGUGGAAAAUGCGUGCGAAAACACUUCACCCGACGACAAAUUGAAAGAAUUCUCAUAUACAGCGAAAAACAACCCUGGGACAAACUACCACAUGGAACGAGUUGAGAUUAAGCCUCUUUGGUGCUGUCAUACCACAGCUCCCACUCCUGUCAUCUACGUUCAAGGAAACAGAGAUGGGAAUCUCCAUGGUGAAACCAGCCCACAAAGGCCAACUAGCAACGCACAGCGCAGCACUGGAGGCACGAAAGAAGUUAUAAAAACCUCGCCUUUGCCGCAGAUUUCGAAAAACUUCAUGAUUCUCGCUUACAAUGGUCAAGCAUACGCCAAAGCCAACGCUGGAUCAACUCUACAACUACAUCUGGUGGCAGAAAAUAUGGAAAUCACUACUCGUCUUUCCAACAGUACCUGCGAAAUAGAAACAGGUUGCCUCGUCGGGUGCUACGAUUGCGUAGCAGAAGCUGAAUUAUCAUUGUACUGUCGAAGCACUGAAGGAGAAAUAAUAGCCGAUAUAAAGUGCCCAACUCAAGAUCAAGUAGCACUAUGUACUACCAACAGUCAUUUGAACAAGAUCAUAUUCCAUUUCGGAACCUCGACAAUUUCAACAGAAUGCAUUGCGCUUUGCCCCGGAGGGACUGCGAAAUUCACAGUCAAAGGCAUGCUCCAAUUUGUCAACGACGGUUAUCGCUUCCAAAGCGACACGAAACCGCAAAAGUCCGUACGAAUCAUACCAAAGAAUAUAUCACACAGAACUGUAGCUUUAAUUUUAACUGUUUUCAUCAUCGUUCUGGGUAUCUACCGUGCUAUCUGUUAUGAUUUUUCAAAUGUUUCUCAUUCCAAGAAACUUUCCUAA